AUGUGCUCGAGACAAGCUCAGAAAAGGAGUGCUGAGCGACAGCUGCAUGACCACUGGACGCAGAAUGAUACUCUCGCCUACAAUAUUCGAGUCGAGUAUCAAGACGCGACGACUUUCUUCCAGUCGGCUAGCCUUCCACUUCCUUUGGUCGACAACUUAUAUCAUGAACUCCUCACUCUAAGCAACCCAGACGAGGCUAGUAAUGACGAGGUGUACACGCUCCUCCGCACUCUAGACCUCGCGACGACCUCUCCUGCAGGCGAAGAGUCUGCCGUAGACGACUUUGCUGUCAAUCUCUUCCGUAUGCUAGGGUACGCUGGUAGAGGCAGGGUCGCGCUAACCAGGAAGGCUAUUUCUCUGUUCAUCUGUGGCGAGGACAGACAUGUCAAGACAGACGUUUGCAUUCUGAACAAUCUCGACAUCUUGCUUCUCGUUCAGGAGGACAAACGAUAUCUGGACGGCUCUGAUCCAGAGACUCAGCUCAUCGCAGAGGCAAUCGCUGCCUUCCGCGCCAAUAACGACACUCGCGUCCGCGCGCUCGGGCAAGCCCCCUUGGAGAGGAAGGUUCUCCCCGGGAUCACUAUGAAGGGCACUAUGCCUAUUUUCUACAAGAUCCCGGUAACAGCCGCUCUUGUCAAAGCAGUUCAGCUUGGACAGUAUCCAGCGGAGGAAACCGUCGUAUACGCACAUCUCCCCGAAGUGCCGAGACCCGCUCGCCGCUACAGCGAAGGUAUGAGGCCUUUGAACAACAGGCAGCGUAUAUUGUCAUACUACGAAGCGUUCAGGCGGUUCAUUUGAGGUGUCAGUCAAUCGUCUCGCUGUAUUCUGCGUUGUUGGAAUUUUGACUGUACGAAUAUCGCUUCUUUUGGGCAAUCGAGUGUGCGUCUUCAUGUUCAUAGUUACUCGUGCUUCUUCUAUAUAUGCCAACUAGCCU